AUGGUUUACCAUUUAAAAAAUGGUGGACAGUUGGUAAGAAAUUCUUCAUUUGUUUCAGAUUAUUUAUAUAAUUCAUUUUUAAAACGAACAAAAAAACAAAUGUCAGCAUCAAAUAAUGCAAAUAGACGUUUAAUAACUGAAAUAACAAAACUUAAAGCAUUAUCAACAAGUAAUGAUUCAUCAUCCGUUAAAUUUAUUCUUGAUAAAUCACCAAUAGAUGAUCCAUCUGGAGGAUCUCGAGCAGGUGCUAAUAAUUCAGCACAAAAUAUUAUUCUCGGACGAAUUUUACCAACAUCAAAUAUUUAUAAUCAAGCUGCUUAUCAAAUUGAAAUCAAAUUACCAGCUGAAUUUCCAUUUAAACCACCUGAAAUUCGUUUUAUUACAAGUAUUUAUCAUCCAAAUGUUGAUGAACAAGGUAAAAUAUGUGUUGAUUUGCUUAAUUCGAAUGAAACAUGGAAGCCCACAACACCAUUAGUUGAUGUUGUUAAAGCUGUUGUUGAACUUAUUGAUAAUCCUAAAAUUGAUCAUGCACUUAAUGCUGAAAUUGCUAGUGAAUAUACAACAAAUAAAGCUGAAUUCGAUCGAAAAGCUUUAGCUUUGGUCAAAAAAAAUGGUUUACCACGAAGUUAA